AUGCUCGGUUCGGAGCCUGAGCCGCCGCUGCUCUCGCGGAUCGUCGGAGUUCCACCGCCUCCGCCGCCUCGGGCACCUUCGACAGCUUUACUACUACGUCGACCAUCGACGUCCACACCUAAGCCGCUGCAAAAACAACAACAGCAACCGAAACGUGGCGACUCUAAAAGCAAAUACGGCGACAGCCCCUAUAAGGAAGAGCAGGCAUAUGUUCGCAUACGUUGUUUUUCAUGUUUGAGUGAAUGA